AUGUUUUCCUCACGGAAUCGCAAGGAGGAGGAGGCGGCCUACCCGGCCGUCCCCGACUCUCUCAGGUCGGACUCACUCGAGAUGGCGGAACUUAGAAAGACGCAACAAGCGCGAGCCGAUACUUCUCCCACCAUAACACCAUACCUCAGUCUCCAAGCCAGGCUCUCUCAGAUCUGGCUGAACCGCUGGACGAUCCUGCUACUACUCGUCCUCCUCAGAGUCAUUCUGCUCAUUGCCAGUCUCAACGAUAAUGUCGACGACGCGAAUCAAAAAGCCCUCUCUGCUUGUACAAAAGUUGAAGACAUCGGCAGCGCCAUGGCCUCCAUGCCUCACUACCUUUCUGUCGGCGUCAACGAACUGUCGGCGAAAGGCAUCGAGAAGACCCUCGACGGCAUGGUUGCCGCGCUUGGACUGGUCCUCACUGGCGUUCAAAACCUCAUCAUCUUCGUCAUAAAUAUGAUGACCUCGAUGUACACCUGCCUCAUCACUGCCUUCAUCCAUGGCGGUCUCGACGUGGCCUCCGACGUUACUAAGAAGAUCACUGACGCCAUGAAUAAGGCGGUUGACAACAUCAGCAAUACCAUCGAUGACGAAGCCAAGAGUCUAUCGAACGGCAUCAACAAGGCCGUCGAAGCAAUCGAAAACUCCGUCCUUGGUAGUGUCCUGCCCGACUUCCCCAAGGUCGACUUCUCGGGACCCGUCAACAACCUGCGCGACCUCAAGAUCGAUACCAGCGGCUUCGUCAGCGACCUCAACAAGCUCAAUGGUGACCUGCCCACAUUUGAGGAAGUCCAGAACAUGACGGCCGAGGCCAUCUCGUUCCCUUUCAACCUGCUUAGGCAGACUGUCAACGAUGCCUACAAGGGCUACAAGUUCGAUCGAUCAGUCUUCCCUGUUGCCCAGAAGCAGGCGCUCAAGUUCUGUUCGACAAACAACAAGAUCGCCGACUUCUUCAACAACUUGCGAGACAUGAUCCAGAAAGCUCGCAUCAUUUUCAUCGUCGUCCUCUCCAUCCUGGCUGUGCUGGUCAUCGCACCCAUGGCUUGGCUAGAGAUUAGGCGCUGGAGACGCGAGCGGAAGCACGCUCAGAUCAUGGCUAGCCACCAAUACGACUCGAUGGACGUGGUUUACAUUGCUUCCCGCCCGAUGACCGCCACCUGGGGGAUCAAGAUCGCUUCCAAGUUCAAGGGCCGACGCCAGAUCCUGGUGCGGUGGGCCAUUGCGUAUGCUACAUCGCUUCCCGCUCUCUUCGUUCUGGCUCUUGCUAUCGCUGGAUUAUUCUCCUGCCUGUGCCAGUACACGCUGCUCAAGGCUGUUGAAAGACAAGUGCCCGCCCUUGCCAAUCAGGUUGGCGAAUUCGCCGGCGAAGUCGUCACCUCGCUCGAGGAUGUCUCCAAGCAGUGGGCUGACGAUGCCAACGGUGUUGUGCUGUCGACACAGAACGAGAUCAACCAAGACAUGCUCGGCUACGUCACGAAUGCAACAUCGGCUGUCAACAACACAUUGAACACAUUCACAAAUACCAUGACGACUGGCCUGGAGACGGUCUUCAACGGCACCAUCCUCAUCAACCCCAUCAAGGAUGUCGUCCGCUGCACAAUCGGCCUCAAGGUCGAGGCUGUCCAGAAGGGACUUACCUGGGUCCACGAUCACUCGCAGAUCUCGUUCCCUCUUUUCGCCAACGACACCUUCAGCCUCGGCGCUCAAGAAUCCAUCUCGGGCGACUCGGACCUCAAGACGUUCCUGGCAUCACCCUCGAGUGUGUCAACCGACGAAGUCACCGGUGCCGUGACGCAUGUCACCGACAUGCUCCGACGAGGCAUCAUCAAGGAAGCGCUCAUUUCUACCGGCAUCCUUCUCAUCUACGUCAUCGUAGUCCUCAUCGGCAUCAUCCGCGCCUUGGUUGGCAUGGCUAUGCCUGACAAAGGUCGUGGCGAGGGUGGGUUGCGCUACACCGGAGACGAUCGCCCAGCAAUGAGCCCGAGAAGCCCGCCCAGAUAUCACGACAAUGACUCCCGAUUCCCACAGUUCGGUAGCGAUGCGUCUGCUGUGGACGAUGACCACUACUCGAGUAUGCGAGAUGAGAAAACGUUGAAGAAGACGAGCGUGCAGAGCGGCAGGGCACAGCCCACGGAGGGCCAUCAACGACAAAGCUCGUACGGACACCUUGACACAGCCUCAUCUACCAAGUUGUAG